AGUCACUGGAAUCGCAGAGUCAGCACACUAGAACAAAGAAAGAUCAGCAAAACUUUGCAACCAAAUUUCGACUCUAUACAGAUACAACUAAAGAAGACUGUCAGAUUUCUUAUAAUCAGUUGGAGACUCUUGACAAAUGCAGUUUCAAUGCCUCUCUUCCUCUGGUGAUAAUAGUGCAUGGCUGGUCGGUGGAUGGAAUAUUAGAAGGUUGGAUUUGGAAAAUGGCAGCAGCUCUGAAGUCUCAGCAAAAACAAAUUAAUGUGAUCGUUGCAGACUGGCUUGUAUCUGCUCACCAGCACUACCCCAUUGCUGUACAGAAUACACGCUACAUAGGACAGGAGAUAGCGGAUUUCCUGGAAUGGCUGGAGGAAUCCAUUCAAUUUUCCAGAAGCAAUGCUCACCUAAUUGGGUACAGCCUUGGAGCUCAUGUUUCCGGAUUUGCUGGAAGUUAUAUCCAUGGUACGAACAAGAUUGGAAGAAUUACAGGCCUUGACCCUGCUGGCCCCUUGUUUGAAGGCAUGUCACCAACAGACCGUUUAUCUCCAGAUGAUGCAAACUUCGUAGACGCAAUUCAUACAUUCACUAAACAGCACAUGGGUCUCAGUGUUGGCAUCAAGCAGCCUGUGGCUCAUUUCGACUUUUACCCCAAUGGAGGCACCUUUCAGCCUGGCUGUCACAUCAUGCAUGUGUAUAACCACAUUGCAGAGUACGGAAUCACUGGCAUUGCUCAAACUGUGAAAUGUGCUCACGAGAGGUCAGUUCACUUGUUCAUCGACUCUCUGCUUCACAAUGACAAGCAAAGCACAGCAUACUGGUGCAACGACAUCAACACGUUCAACAAAGGAAUGUGUCUCAGCUGUAGGAAGAACCGAUGCAACACACUGGGCUACAACAUCAGGGAGGAACGGCUCCCAAAGAGUAGACGACUGUUUCUGAAAACAAGAGCUCGAAUGCCUUUCAAAGGUUUGUGGGAACACUUGUUACAGUGUCCGGAUCGACCACGGUGUGUGAAAAUGAGCCUAAGCUCUGGGAUCCUGUUUACUCGGGGUUUUUUUAAGCUUAUCAAAAUCUAUCGGGAUAAUCAAUUUCCUGAGAUAACUAAGAACCCCACAGGCCAUGUUGAUGCCCUUUUAUCAAGAUCCCGGCAGUACUUCUGCAGGGAAGAGCAUGCUGCAUACAUGCCACAGGCUAACUGUGGAUCCGAGGCCUCGGGAUGCUGA